AUGAAUCGUGCUGAACAGGAACGAGAACAAAAAGUUAAUCAAAAUCGAUGGCGUUGGACAUUUCAACGUAGUCAUGAUCGUGAACAAAUGCGUCAUCAACUACCAAUAAUAAAAAUACAUUCAUCAAAUAAAGAAUAUAUAUUGCCAAGUACAGAUGAAAUAGAUCGAGUUGAUUUUAAUCCAGUUGAUUAUAUAAAUCAAUUAUUUCCAACUGAACAAUCUCUAGCAAAUAUUGAUGAGGUUAUUGGAAGUGUUAAGUCAAAGGUACGUUCAUUGGAUACUGAUAUUCGUUUUACUAUACGUGCUCAUUCCGAUAUAGAAAUUGAUGAACAUAAAGCAUUAGUUAAAGCACAAAAUUCAAUAUUAUUAUUAUUAUUUCAACAAAUGCGUGAAAUUAAAGAUAAAGCUAAUAAAUCAGAAGAAAUGGCUAAAGAAAUAACACGUGAUAUAAAACAACUUGAUGUAGCAAAAAAGAAUCUUACAACUUCAGUAACAACACUGAAUCAUUUACAAAUAAUUGCUAUAAAAAAGAAAUCUUAUGGUGAUAUAGCAAAUUUAUCUCAUCCGGUUAUAAGUGUAUUAGAACAUUUUCAACCAUAUAUGAACAUUCCACAAAUACAAGAAUUAUCUGCAAAUGUUAAAGAAUUAACUGUUCAAAUAACUGUACAAGUUCGAAAAGAAUGUGAAGAUGCAUUUAAUGGUCCAAAUGCGAAAGUUAAUGUAUGUAAAAUAAUUGAUGUUAUUGAUCCUAAAUUAAGAUUAGAAGUAAUAAAUUGGUUUUUAAAAACACAUCUAUCUGAAUAUACAAUAUUAUAUCAAGAAUCUCAAGAAUUAACAUGGUUAGAUAAAAUUGAUCGUCGACAUGCAUGUCAUCAUCAACUCUAUAAAGAAUCUGAAAACUGA